UAAUUUAUUUUGUCUUAUUUGAGAGAUCUGAAACCUCAUUUGCAAUUGCAAGUGAGGGACUUGAUAAGUACCCAUUAAAAAAUCAUAUUCAUCUGCGCCUCAAUGUCCAAAUUCUUAGUCUAGUCUCCUCUAAAUCAAUUGUCUAUUUGUUUAAUUUUAGAUUCUCGGCGCUGUCUUUGUUUUUAAACGUCAAAACAAUCAAUUGACUACCGAAACCCCAGGUCCCCAAAUCCAUGUGCGGUGGACAAUAGACUUGCCUUUGCCAUCCAAAGCGUGUACCGUGUACGCAACUAAAAUAUAUUUGUAAAUUAUCUCCUUAUCUUGCAUUUCUUUUGAAUAAUUACAUCACAAGAAAAUAAGAAAGAAAGAAAGGAACUAGUUUUGGAGAAUUUACCACAAAAUAAAGCUAAGGUACCGCCACCCCCACGUCGCAAGGCCAAGUUGUCUAUCACUUUUAAAUGUUUCUCUAAUCUUCUUAUAUUAAAAGCUCCAAGUCGGUAGCUUUAAAAACUGAUCAAUCAAACCUACUAUACUACUAUUUAUCCACUUUUUAAUCAACUUUCUCGCUCUCUCAUUCUUUUUCUCUACUAUACUAGUAUCUAUAUAUAUAUAAUUACACAACCACUCCAUCACAAAUAUUUUUCAAUUCAAAUUGCUUUUGAAACAACAAAUUUCUAAUCAAGAAGAAAACAAUAUGGCAAGCUCCAUUAAUCUUCCGGAAGAAUUGAUCAUAGAGAUUAUGUCAUGGCUUUCCCCUGAGUCUCUGAUCCAAUUCAAAUGCGUUGGCAAGUACUGGUACAAACUCGUGACUUUCCUUCUCAACGAUCCAUCUUUCAUCGUCAAACAUCUCCGAAAUCAAAACGACAGCAACAACAUCUUCUUCUCUCCAAGCAUUGCCGUGAGUUGUCUGCGCAUAUACGAUACCCCUGUUUACACCUACAAAGAGCUUUUCGCUUUGAUCUCGGUUCCGAAUUCCAAUCAAAACGACGCCGUUUAUGAAGAUAUGAACCUCCCAAUCAUUCCGGGGGAGAAAGAUAUGAGUAGCCAAACCAUAAGUCACUGCAACGGAGUCGUUUGUGUAGCCGAUUACUACCACAACAUUAUCUUAUCCAAUCCGGCUAUGAAAAACUCCCGGGUUCUGCCCAAACCCGGUCUCAUGGGUCGAUUCGUGUUGCAAGGAGUCGGGUUCGGGUACGAUUCCAGAAACAAUGACUAUAAAGUCGUCAGGUUUGGUCGUGACCAAUCUAUUUACCCCAGAGCUGAGGUUUACAGCUUGAAUUCCGAUUCAUGGAAAGAGAUCGGAAUCGAUUCCGGGACCGAUUACUUUCCGAGUCUCCACAUCGACACUUACUUUAAUGGAGCUUUCUACUGGCUCAUGUCGGGCCCCAGGUUCAUGAUCCAAUAUUUCGACAUGUCCGAUGAGGUGUUCCGUGAUGUUACGUUACCGGAAAGUCUUCAAACGGCGAAGUCGCAGUGGAUGAGCCUCGGGGUUUGGAAUGAUUCCGUUGCGCUGUUUUUCUGUCCCGGAGAGAAAGGGACUCCGGUCACUGUUGAUAUUUGGGUCAUGAAUGAAGAAUGUGUUAAUGGGCCUGAUUCUUGGAAGAAAGGUUUGACAAUUGGGCCUUUUGAAGGGAUUGAUUGCCCAUUGGGCUUUUGUAAUGAAGAAGAAUUUGUUAUGAGAUCAGCCAACUUUAGGGAGGUAGUGUGUUAUAAUGUUCGAACCCAAAAUCUUAGGAAUAUAAAGGUUGAAGGUUUGGAUGGAAUUGGUUGUCGAGCUCUUUCUUACGUGAAGAGUUUGGUUUCCGUACAAACCAGGAAUGAGAAAUGAAGUAGGAGAGAACUUUUCCCAAUUGGAGUUUGUUUCUUUUUCUUAAUUAUUUUUAUUUUCUUAUAUUUUAUUUAUUUUUUUUAAAGGAAAUUAUAUAUAUUUUUGUAUUGUACAUAGGAGUUUAUUUAUUUCUUUAUUGUAACUUGUAGUCUUGUUUAUGCUUGAUGGAUAUGUAAGGUAAAUCAAAUGUAAUAUUAUGCGAUCAAUUUUUUAUAA